AUGCUGUCGAAACGGGUCAUCGCUGCAGCACGCAGUAGUGCUUUUCUCGCAAGCAGAAAUGUCCGAUGUCGCGACACUGCUGUAUCGCUGUCGAAAGGAUGGAAGGUCGCCGACUCGCAAAUGAGACGCGCACAGUUCCAUUCAUCACAUCUUCUCCAAGCUGAGACCGUAAAAGUGCCGCAGAUGGCAGAGUCCAUCUCCGAAGGUACUCUUCGGUCUUGGUCAAAACAGGUUGGGGAUAGCGUCGAGGCUGACGAGGAAGUCGCUACAAUUGAGACAGAUAAAAUUGAUGUUUCUGUGAAUGCGCCUAAAUCAGGGAAGAUUGUGGAGCUGCUCGCAAAGGAGGAGGACACUGUCAGCGUCGGCCAGGACCUCUUCAGAAUUGAACCCGGUGAAGGUGGUGCAUCUCCCUCCCCUCAAGAACAGAAGAAGGUAGACCCUGAAGAACCUAAGGACCAACAAUUGGACAAGACGACGCCGGAGCCUCCCGCACCUUCAAGUGUCGACAGACAAAGUGGCGGUAUUCCUCCCGAGGGACCGAAGGAGUCCAAGAAGGAAGUGAAGCAGGACUUAAAAUCAAAGGAGGUCAAGUCAAAAGCACCUCCCGCUGCGCCAAAGGCACCAGGCAACCGGGGUGAGACCAGGGUCAAGAUGAACCGUAUGCGUCUGCGCAUCGCCGAGCGUCUGAAGGAGUCUCAAAACGCUGCCGCGUCGCUCACAACCUUCAAUGAGAUCGACAUGUCGUCUCUCAUGGAGAUGCGAAAGAAGUACAAGGAUGAGGUGCUCAAGGAACACGACGUCAAGUUAGGCUUCAUGAGCGCGUUCGCCCGUGCGUGCGCGCUGGCACUGAAGGAGAUCCCUGCUGCAAACGCGUCCAUCGAGGGUGAUGAGAUUGUUUACCAUGAUUACGUCGACCUCAGUGUUGCUGUCGCGACUCCGAAGGGCUUGGUCACUCCCGUAGUGAGGAAUGCUGAGAGCAUGGGCUUUGUUGAUAUCGAGAAGGAGAUUGCCGCUCUCGGCACCAAGGCCAGGGACGGUAAGUUGACUCUCGAGGACAUGGCAGGAGGCACCUUCACCAUUUCCAAUGGCGGUGUCUUCGGCUCAUUGUACGGAACGCCCAUCAUCAACUUGCCACAGUCUGCUAUCGUCAUCCGACCCAUCAUGGUUGUUGCCCUCACCUACGACCACAGACUACUCGAUGGUCGGGAGGCAGUUACCUUCUUGGUGAAGGUUCGCGACUACAUCGAGGACCCCCGCAAAAUGCUUCUUGCAUUAAACUGA